AUGGGAAUCUUUAAACUCCCGAAAGGAAUAACGAACAACAUUGAUCGAGCAGUGGCACAUUUUGUAUGGCAGGGUGAUCUUGAAGGACAUAAAGUCCACUGGAAAGCUUGGCGUUCCAUUUGUAUGUCCAAAUUCCACGGAGGCUUGGGAAUGCAUGCUGAUACACCCAUGAACCACGCCUUAUUAGCUCGGUUAGCUUGGAAAAUACUUGAAAAUCCCCAAACUCUUCUUGCCCGCAUAUAUUCGGCUAAAUAUUGUCGCCAGCAGGAUUUCCUUCACGUUCAAGUUGGGAAAUCGGCUAUGUGGGGUUGGCGAGGCAUACUUUGGGGCCGUGACUUACUCUCUACUGGGCUUAAAUGGCACCUAGCGAAUGGCCAUCAUGUUCCGCUCACGACGAAUUGGAUUCCAGGCACGCAUAACCCUCUGGCUUUUGAUGCUGCUAUACAGAAUGCUGCUUUACAGGUGGAUCAUCUCAUUCAUCCCUCUGAAGGAUGGAACAUUUCAGGGUUGGAAAAUUUAUUUCUACCACAGCUUAUUCCCCGAAUACUAAGCAUCUAUCUUCCAGUAGACCAGCAGACGCAUUCGGAUCAUUUAUAUUGGUCCUUAGAGUCUCAUGGUCGAUACUCGGUUCGCUCGGGCUACUAUCAAGCAUGUAAUCUCACAAUACAUCUGUCAGCAGCUACCUCUACCUCUAAAACAACUCCUAUUGUGCCGCCAGCAGUGUGGAAAAAAUUGUGGAAUGCUGCAAUACCAGAGGAGAUCAAGUUCUUUUUAUGGAGAGCUUUGUCUGAUGCAUGCCCUACUCUACAAGCUCUCUUACGCCGAGGUAAAACUACAGUUGCAGUCUACUUCCGUUGUGGGGCUGCUGUUGAGACUAUUAGUCAUCUUUUGCUUGAUUGUACUCGGUCUCAACAUAUCUGGAGGGUGAUGCAAGCAUUAAAGGGGAUGAGGGAAUCAAAGUUCCAAAACAGACUGGUAGGGGAAGAAACCCUAAAUAAGGGGGAUGGGAAUUUGAACGGAGAAGAAGAAGAAGCUUAG